CAUCAAAGCGUUCACGUUCACAGCCGCACUUUCUGUUUUCAUUUGGGGGAAAGGGCUUCAGAGUGAGAGUGUUCACCUCGCACGACCACAGAUAUCGUCUCUGGACUCCGGAAAAGAAGCGUAAUGGAAAACGGUUCCGUCUCAACUGGUGACACUGAGCUGGACCAGGCUGUCAGGCAGUGGCUGCAGUAUGACAAGAACCCAAAAACAGUGUCUAUGGUGCAGGACCUGGCGAAGGAGGGAGCAGUGGAGGCUCUAAAGAAAUGUUUCUCCUCCAGGAUGGAGUUUGGUACAGCAGGUCUGAGAGCAGCCAUGGGCCCCGGCAUAUCCUGUAUGAAUGACCUCACUAUCAUCCAGACUACACAGGGUUUCUGUCGCUACUUGGAGAAGAGUUUUGGGAACCUAAAGGAGCGAGGGGUGGUGAUUGGUUACGAUGCCCGUGCCCACCCUCCCAGUGGGGGCAGCAGCAAGCGUUUUGCCAGCCUGGCUGCAGCUGUUUUCAUCAGCCAAGGGGUUCCUGUCCACCUCUUCUCUGACAUCACCCCUACACCGUUUGUGCCUUUCACAGUUUCCCAUCUGGGUCUGUGUGCUGGUAUCAUGGUGACUGCCUCUCACAACCCCAAACAGGACAAUGGCUACAAGGUUUAUUGGGAGAAUGGCGCUCAGAUUGUGUCUCCUCAUGACAAAGGAAUCUCCAAGGCCAUAGAGGAGAACCUGGAGCCUUGGCCUGAGUCUUGGAAUGCAGAGGAGGCCUUGAAGAGUCCCUUGCUUAAAGACCCCUAUCAGGACACCCACACAGAAUACUUCAAAGCCAUCCAGAAACACUGUCAUCACAGGGGCAUAAACAAGACUUCAGAGGUGAAAAUUGUGCAUACAUCUGUGCACGGUGUCGGCCAUGCGUUUGUCCAAUCAGCUUACAAGGCAUUUGACCUUCACCCGCCGUACGCUGUGGAAGAACAGAAAGAUCCCGACCCAGAAUUCCCCACUGUCAAAUAUCCCAAUCCUGAGGAGGGAGAGGGAGUCCUGACAUUGUCGUUUGCACUGGCGGAGAGGGAGGGGGCCACUGUGGUGUUGGCAAAUGAUCCUGACGCUGAUCGUCUGGCCAUUGCUGAGAAGCAGGAGAGUGGACAGUGGCGAGUGUUCAGUGGUAAUGAGUUGGGAGCGUUGCUUGGUUGGUGGAUGUUCCGCUGCUGGAAACAGCAAAACUCUGACGCUGCUGCUGUGAAAAACCUCUACAUGCUGUCAAGCACUGUCUCAUCCAAGAUACUGCGCGCCAUAGCUCUCAAGGAGGGCUUCCACUUUGAGGAAACAUUAACAGGGUUCAAGUGGAUGGGGAACAGAGCCAGAGACCUUUUGGACCAGGGCAAGACUGUCCUCUUUGCCUUUGAAGAGGCCAUAGGGUAUAUGUGUAGUCCCUCUGUAUUGGACAAGGAUGGAGUUAGUGCUGCCGCCAUAGCGGGAGAGAUGAUUUCCUAUCUGGCCACUGUUAACACCAGCCUUUCUCAGCAGCUCACCGCUGUCUAUAAAGAGUAUGGCUACCACAUCACUAAGAACUCCUACUUCAUCUGCCAUGAUCAGAUUGUGAUCCGCAGCUUGUUCGAGCGCCUGCGCAACUACAGUGGCCAGAAGGACUCGUAUCCCACCAAAUGUGGUCGGUUCUCCGUCUCUGCCGUACGAGACCUGACCACAGGCUAUGAUAGCAACCAACCUGAUAAGAAGGCUGUUCUUCCCACUUCCAGUUCCAGUCAGAUGAUCACCUUUAACUUCUCUAACGGGGGUGUGGCCACCAUGAGAACCAGUGGCACUGAACCAAAAAUCAAAUACUACACUGAGCUCUGUGCUGCUCCUGGUAACAGUGAUGUGGCACACCUGAAGAAGGAACUGGAUGACUUGGUUGAUGCCAUCAUUGAAAACUUCUUUGAGCCACAGAAGAACAAGUUGCAGCCCAAACCAGAGUAGCACUGAUUAGGCAAAUAAAUCACAAUCAGGACAAGUUGUGGCCAAUAUCUCUGACCAGCAUUUCACAUUAUGUCUUAAUUUCUCCGGAAGGGAUUCUUGAUCUAAUACAGGCUUCAUUUUGCUUUAUAACUCCAUUAAUGACUAUUCUACCGCAUUCUGUUGUUACUAGUUGGACCAGGAAGAGAUCUGGAUACCAUACCAUUGCCUAGUGAUGAAUCUGUCUUUAUUUUAAUAAUCUGCAAAGUCAGUGGCCUCAACUAACCUCCACUUUGACUUUGUUCAGCCAUGCAUCUGUUUUUGGGGUGUAGUUAUGGGUCGAGUGCCAGUACAGCAGUCAUCAUGCAUGAAAGUCACAUGAUUUGGAUUAAGUUUAUCACAUUGCUGGAGAUCUUAAACCACAGCUGUAAAAUGUUUGUCAUGCUAAAGCCAAAGUCCUUCCUGCUUCCCGACUGUGUGUUAGAUGCACGGAUUACUGUAUAUUCACUUGAAUUUAACAUCAUGCAUUCCAAACUGUGCUUCAGCAUCAACUGCAAGGCUGCUAACUUAAAGAGUGACAGCAGAGUGUAAGCAAGAAUUGCUGAAGCUGAUAUUGUAACUAACUUUAAUGGAUGUUUUAAACUGCUGUUAAACUUUGAAUGUGUAAUAUCUUAGUUAAUUAGUGAGGUAUAACAUUGAAAGUGACAGUAGAAUACUUUUUAAGUUUUAAAUCAGUGCCACGUGUGAAAAAUCUGACAUCUGACAUGUGUAAUUAGCCGCUCACCUCUCCUGAUGUGCCUCGUAUUCUAAAACACUGUGCUGAAAAGACAGUUUCUUUCAAUAAACUAAAAUAACUGUCUCAGUGAUAUGCUUCC